AAAACAAACUUUGACAUCCCCAAACCUAGUGGCCAGUACGUGUCACUAUUGCCAACAUGGCCAGUUGGGGAGGUGCUGAGGAGCAAGAACUUGACACCCGUAAUCAACAGCGAGCAUUUGCACUUGCCGGAAAAGUAUCAGCACUACGAGGGCUCGCACUUGACAUUGAGAAUGAAGCUUAUGAACACAACAGACUUCUUGAAGGGAUGGGCAAUGACUUCUCAGGAAGUGAAGGACUCAUGUCUGGCAGCAUCAACAGAGUCAAGAAUCUCCUUUCAUCUGGCCGCCAGAACCGUAAGGCUAUGUGUUACAUGGCAGGUUUUGUUGUGGUUUUUCUUUUUCUGUUUUGGUACUUGAUUUCUAAAGUUUUUUCUAGCACGUAGAUUUAUAGCACAGAGUAUGUUGUGAUACAUAUUUGUGAUUAAUUUCAUUGAAUCAUCAUUGUCAUCAUAUAUGUGUGGUUUGUUUUAUUUAGUUACCAAUGACAUCAUAAGGUGUGAAAUCUGUGCAAGCAUUUUUUUUUCUUCAAGCGAACUUUAAAAAGUUGUGUAAUAAAGGCUGCCUUACUCUGAGAUAUAUCUAUAUGUUCAUUCUUAACUUUUCCUGAGGAAGUUUCACUUUGAAAUACAUAAUGUAGGACAGUAUGUGUUGCUUUGUAAUUUCAUGUAUUUUAGAUUGCUUACAAUGUUAGAAUAAUUUGAUAUGUGAAAUAUUCUUACAGUUUUUGUGUUUUGAUACUUGUAAUCUUAAUAAUGAUGGUGAUGAUAUGAAAGAAAAUAUUUCCUUUUUCAAAACAAUAAUGUAUGUAUUUCACUCAUGAAUCUUGCUCAACAGUUGAAAAUUAAUAUAAUAUAUAUAGAUAUAUAGUAAAUGACUUUAGCAAAUAUUUUUUAAUGGCAACUUUUGUGGUCUUUGGUAUUUGUUCACAGUGAUCUCUUAUCUUGAGAAAUUACUUCAUUACAUUAAUAGGAAACACAUAAAUAGAUUGAAAAGCAUUGUUAAUGGUCUAGAGUUCUUCCAAUAAACAACAAUAUCUCCAGAUUAAAUUGUAGUGUGAUUUUAAGUUUCUUGAAAUUCUAGAGAUCUAUUUGAAGAUACUAAUUAAUUCACCAAAUUGUAUAAGGGUGAGUGCACUUGGCUCAGCCCAAAAGGACCAUGAUACAGAAGCCAGGCAAAGCAUUUUCCUCUCCUUUCAUACUGAAGACUUUCCACCAGCACACCUUCAGCCACCAUGAUUGAUACUAUUUUUGCCCUGCAAUGGAAUCACAUAGAUUUAUGAUGAUUGUUAGAAUAAUGAUGAGGUUGAAAUUAUUAAUCAUCCCAGAAAACAUCUCUCACUUAUAGAUGUAUAUUUAACAGGCUAAAGUGUCCUCUGUUCAUGGGGAAGCAUUUUAAUGUUUUCUUUUUAGUAUAACAGUGUUGUACAGUUAUACAUGUAACAUAUUUAUUUUCAAGAGAGUAUUGAAACCCUUUAAAGAAUAUUUUUAGGCCAUACUCUUUGAUGUAUUAUAUACAUUAUUAUUGGUGUUAUUCCCAUUAACUGGCAGGCCUCAGUUCCAUGACUAGUGAAGUUGAACCUGUAUCUGAAAUGGUAAUUUUAUAUAUAAGAUAAAGGUAUUGUACAUAGGACCUUGGGAACCAAAGAUGGAAAGCAUUGAAGGUUAGACAACAGAGUUUUUAAGGGAAAAGGUGCUUGAAUCAUUAGUGUUUAUGAUGAAAAAUUAAGUUAUCUUAAAAAUCAGAAAAGGAUCUACAUACAAGUGAAAUUUAGACAAAAUAAUUAAUUAGUUCAAGUUAAUUGGCAGAAAGGUGCUUGUGUUUUGUAAAACUGGAUGAUGAAAAAAAAGUUCAUAAAGCGUACAGUAGUAUGUCAAGGAAAGGUGAAAGAACAAAAUGUGUGAUGAUUGAUGUGGGAGAGUACUGUGCAUAGCAUCUUAAUAAAGUAAUUGCUGCCAAAUCAAAAUAUUUACAUAAAAUGAAGUUUCAAAUUAUCUUUAUCCGGUAAAUUCACAGUUACGGUAUUUGGAAAUUACUACCUUUGAUUCGAUAUACAGUAAAAAAAAUUAACAGAUACGGUAUCCACUCAUCUACUGUUUUUCUUUUCCUGUUAUUGCAUCCAAACACUGAGCAAUUGUUUGGCAUGUUUAGUUGUUUACAGCACUGUGGAGAGUUUGAUGAACACUCCAACUAGCCUAGUGUCCACAAGCAAUAUGUAAACAACACGAAACCUCAGGCGUCGGGCCAAAGUGCGCGAAUGUCCUGCCAAAAGUCAGCUGUCAGUGACCACUGAGCUGGAGUGGCGCGGGAAGUGUGACGUGGAUGAUGUUACAACAACAAUCAAUCUCUUCCCGUAUUUCCCAUUGAACACAAGUGAAAUCCUUACAUGUGUUUUUUGUGGAUAUUAUCAAAACACACAGGCCCCAAAACGUUCUGCAGACACUGCUGGAGUUGACAAGGCAAAGCAAUAGAGAAGUAGUCUGCCCACUCACCGGAAGAUGAGUAAGGGCUGAAAUCCCUACUGUCCCUUACUUAGCCUCGGGAGGGACAUGAUCUGAUAGAAUAUAUGGCAAGUGAAAGGUGAAUAAAAACUUUUUUUUUUUAUUUUUUAUUUUUUUUUUUGCCCAAUACUUUACAUUUUUUUUUAUAUGACUAUUUUCAUGUAUUUUAAUUUCUGUAGGGGUGGCUUUUGAUGUGCUGAAACACAUUCCCUAUUAUUACAUGUUAUAAUGGGUUUGGUAUAUGGUAAUUUUGAUUUGCAGUAAGGUUUUCAGGAACACAUAUGUACCGUAUAAUGAGGACUUACUGUAUAUGAAUAUGGAAGUGUCAUAGAAAACCUCUAGUGAAAUGGGAAGACAUAAUGCUGGAGUAUGUCAGAAAAAAAUGAUAGAAUGAGAACAUGAUUAGAACAUACAAGGAAUGGCCAGAACGAAUGGUUGAAAAACUCUUCCCUUGUGGAACUCCUAGGAAAUAGAUAUACAUAGAUAGAUCUGCAACAUUUUUGUUAAAUCUUCAUUCCAGGAAAGAAAUUUUGUAUGUGCACAACUACUUCUAAAUAUUUCAGUCAUGCAUCAGGAGUAUAGGAGUGUACAGGACUGUAUGCCCUUCAUAGCAUGUUUUCAGUGCUGUAGCCAAGUAUGCAUACAUGUGGAAAUCGUGAGAUAUUUUGCCCUGUGAAUAUAAACACAAAAAUUGCUCACUAUAUUCCCUAUAUGUUGCUUGAAUUUCUGAAUAGAUUUAUAACAUUUUGAAUACUUUACCAUUGAAAAUAUGUGAUGUGAAUGACCCAUAUCAAAAAUAUUUUUCAUAAUACAAAACAACUUUAUAUGAAAAGACAAAAAUAACUGACAUGAAUGUGUGAAUAUAAACAAUUAUGUGUAGUUUAGUGACAUUUGUUGAAAUAUAAAAUUUUCAUUAUUCUUCU